ACAUGUACAUGUACAGAAUGAUUUUGAGAGUCCACAUUGAUGCUUUGUGAUGCUUCAUGCUCUCACGAGUUAAGUUAAUUAGCACCAGUUUUUUUAUUGAGGAAGAUUGUGUCACAGAGCGGUUCAGCGACAGAAACAGCAAUACAAAUCAUGGCGGAGGCUGUAAUGAUCUAUAAAGAACUAGUCGAUAGUUCAAAGCCUUUUGAAUUUUUGUCAUUGAGGACUCACUCACCAGAGCCGCGUCCACGCAAAGCAAAACAUCAGUACUACGAAAAUUUUAGCAGGAUGACUGAAGAUCAUGAUUAUGUUAAAGAAUUCGCAGAAAAAGAAGACAGGCUUCUUCAAAAGCAAGUGUUGCAGGGCCAUGACUGUGCCAAAGAAAGUUCUAUUGAUCGUGGCCACACCAAUGGCCUUUGGGACAUUGAGAGUACAACUUGCUCUGUCGAUCUAAGUGACCCAAAACUUCUGGCCCAGAAAUACAGCUCUAGCCGUCCACGCAGUAACCUCACCAUCAACCUAAAACAGCGAGAAAUAUCAAAGUUAAUCAAGGAGAAUGCAGUUGUUGUGGUGGAAGGCCCAACUGGCUGUGGAAAGUCCACUCAGGUGCCCCAGAUUGUUCUUGAUGAUAGUUUCAAAGACAACCAACCUGUCAACAUUGUUGUCACUCAGCCAAGAAAGAUUGCUGCAUUCAGUGUUGCAAAGCGAAUUUGCGAUGAAAGAAAUUGUGUAUUGGGCUCCUUGGUCGGGUACAAAGUUGGUCUGAAAUCAACUAUCUCUAAGGACACGCGAUUGACAGUUUGCACAACCGGUGUACUACUGCAGCAUUUGGUCUCCAAGAAGCAUAUGAAUGAUUUCACGCACGUGAUUCUUGACGAAAUUCAUGAAAGGGAUCAGGAGCUAGACUUCCUCAUGCUUCUAGUGCGAAAGCUUCAAAGAACAGUGUCCCGUCAUGUGAAGGUUGUUCUGAUGUCUGCAACUUUUGACAGUUUAAAGAUUUCCAACUACUUCCGCUUUGCGACGUCGGCAGACAUCAAAUGUGCACCAAUCUUGAAGGUCGAUUCCAAACCUCAGCACAAUGUGGAUGUAUAUCACAUUCGGGAAAUUAACGCACUCCUUGGGAAAGAUGAGGUGUGUUCAUAUUCCAUCGCAAAUCCCAUGUACUCAAAACAUAUGAUGGACGUGGUUGUGCAAUUGAUCUCAAGGCUGGAUGAAUUUGAGUGCAAACGCUCUGUGAAAGGGAAGGGAGCUGUCCUGGUGUUUUUGCCUGGAAUUCAUGAGAUUGAAGACACAUAUGAUGCAUUGAUCAAUUUCAAUGAAGAUCGCAAGUUUGAGUGGAAAAUCCAUGUGCUUCAUUCAUCUGUCACGCGAGAUGAGCAGUUGAAAGCGUUCCAGAAAGUGCCUGCAAACUGCCGCAAAAUCCUUCUUUCUACAAAUAUUGCAGAGAGCGCUGUCACUGUUUCUGAUGUUACCUAUGUGAUUGACUCUUGCCUGGUGAAACAAAUGGAAACAAAGCUUGACACUUGCACCUCAUGCUUGGCUCUGAGCUGGGCGUCAAAAGUGAAUUGCAAACAACGUAAAGGAAGAGUUGGCAGAGUUGCUUCAGGAACGGUUUUUAGACUCAUUUCAAAGGAAUUUUUCAUGACCUUGCCAAAUGAGCAGUUGCCUGAGAUGCAGAGGUGCCCACUUGCUAAGCUUGUGCUGUUAGCCAAGCUCUUGGACCAUGGAGAGCCUAAAUGCAUUUUGGCUCUUGCGCUUGAUCCUCCCAAGUUAUCAAACAUUGAGAUGACAGUGUUGACCUUAAAAGAGACUGGAGGACUGCUGAUUGAUAAUUCCGAAGGAAGACCUGACAGGACUGAUGGUGAAUUGACCUUCUUAGGAAAAAUCAUGGCCAAGCUGCCAAUCGACAUUCACCUCGCCAAACUAGUUGUGUUUGGGCACAUUCUAGGAGUGUAUCAAAGCAGUUUGAUCAUUGCGGCUGCUAUGUAUGUGAGGAAUUUUUUGGCAUCGUCUUUCCAUGACAAACUAGAAUCAUACUUGUCAAAGCUCUCCUGGGCAAAUGGGUCAGGAAGUGACUGCAUCGCCCAACUCAAUGCGUUUAAGACUUUGAUGUCUUACAAAUCAUCGGGUUUCUUCAACCGUAACCUGCCAUUUGUCUCUGAAGAAAAUUGGGCAGGCGACAAUUUCAUCCAGUUACGAUACGCAAGGGAGAUUGCAGAUUUGGCAGAAGAGCUUGACCUUCGUCUCAAGACUAUGGGCUUGGUUGUGAACUCAAAAUCAGUGUCGCAUAAUUUGCUCAGCGCUGAACAAGAAAUCCUGCUGUUGAAGGUUGCCAUUUCCGGGGCCUUCUACCCGAACUAUUUCCAAACCUACCCUUCUGAUGAUGCUGGCAGGGAUGAGGAUAUCGUCCGAUAUGUGGGAGGGUUUGACCCUCUGAGCUCAGUUUACUUCACCAAUUUUCCACUUGAUCAGCCAGGAAAAUUGUAUGCAAAACCUGUGAAGAAGUAUCUGGCGAAUUGCGCUGAUGCAAUGAACGUUAACUUUAACAGCUCUUCGAAAGUGUAUGUUCAGUUUGGAAAGGUUGAAGACAGCUUUCGCCUGCCAACUCAGGUUUCCCUUGCAGUAUACAAAGCUGUCAAGCUGCGACAAACCACCCACAAGUUGAAGCUUGAUAUUCUUCCGGAAGAGGCUGCUAGAAGGAGAAGUGCUCAGCUACCAAAGGAGCCUAUCCUUAAUGUAGCCAUGAGAAGCAUCAUGGAAAUGCGAAAGAUCUGCAACAUCCAGCCUAUACUUCCUGCUCUACAUACUAAAACCAUGAAGCUGAAAGUGACCCACAUUGAAACUCCAAGCAAGUUUUUCUGUCAACCACAAGAUGUUAAAACCAGCUUGCAUUUAGAAUCUCUGCAGUCUUCUCUGAAUGACACUGAUGCAGAUUUUCGGGCUCUUUGUGGACAGCCCCAGGUUGACAAAGUCUAUGUGGCCAAUUGCAAAUUGAAAAAUCAGAAAUUCAGAGCCAGAGUCGUUGCGUUGCUGCCUUGUAACUCAUGCGAGAUUAUCUUGAUUGACUUUGGGAACACCCAAAUCGUAAGCAACAAGGACCUAUUUGACCUCGGACCAGCGCUGAAGAUUUCUGGCUUGGUGAAAAUCCCGCAGCUUGCAUUUGAGUGUAGACUCACCAAUGUUGGGCCAAUUGAAAGUGCUUGGAGCUCAGAAGCGAUUGGUCUCUUCUCUCGCUCAGUUACAGAAGGUCACUGCACAGCUGAGAUUUACUCUGUGGUGCACAGUGUUGUCAGUGUCAUCCUUACCAACAUCAGUGGCAAAGUCUUGAAUGAUGAGCUUGUGGCAAAAGGAUAUGCUCUCAAAAUUCCAGAAACUUUCUUUUCCAAGGAGAACCACCAGGCCCGUGUAAAUUGCACUACUUUGACUCCUCUUGAAGUUAGUUUCCAUCUGAAGAAGCAAUACAAAAGUGACUGGGUUCAGGAAGAAGACCAAGAGCUUGAAGAGCCAAAACCUUCCGAGUGUACUGCUGAGGCUAAACUGAGAGGACCUUUUAGUCCUCUAGAGGCUGGUGUCAAACACACCACAAGGAGCGGCCUGCAGAUGAAAAUCAGCAUUGAGCGAAACUCUGUCAAUUCCGUUCUCCUUAGCGAUGACAACAGUGCCAGCAGAUUCCUGGUUGCUGGACUAGUUCAAGCAAGUCACGGAAAGCCUAACCUGACCUUGCAUGAUACAACGCUGAUGCCAACGAUUCCCGGCCUGCUCGCGCUUGCUAGCAUGAUCUUCGCCCCUAAGAUUGAGUUGCGGAGGCAACCUGGAGUGAAGCACUUCACAGGAAUGAUCUGUGGAUUGGGAACCGAGAAAAAAAGCAGAAAUGCGCUCUACCCAGAACAUGACAUGGAGCAAGUCUUUGAUGUUGAAUUCACCCUGGAAGAUAUGAGGGAUAUUAAUCGACUUCGUUUCUGGUUCAAUUUGGCUCUUUCGUCAGGGGAAGGAGAAGACAAGUCCAUUAAUCACAUCUCUGAUAUUGAAAUGUACCAAAAGCAGAGCCAGACUCUUCUGCUGAGUUUGCUUUCCAAAUCUCGGAACAAUGUCAGACCAGUCAUGUUCAACGAUGCAUUCAACUGGAGGAAGGUGGACAAAGAUCAGGUGUUACGUUUCGCAGAUAGUUCUCUUGCCAAGAGCAACAGAAUUUAUCCGUUCCACACUGCUGUUCUCUUUGAAACAGAUGAUACCAGGAAGUUCAAAAAUCACAAGAAGGAAAUGGAAAAGCUGCAGCAACUUUCCCUCAUGCCAACCUUGCGAAAGAGACAGGUGCACUGCUCCAUAUGCAGGGUGACUCUUUUCACCAUGGACGAGCUGAGGAUGCAUCUGACAGUUGAGCAACACAUGCAGGCUUGGCGUGAUCUGCUGCUUCAUCAGGGAAGGUCAGAAAUUAUUUAGUUGGUGGGUGUUUCAUAAUUGGAUUAUCAUUUAAAUGUAUCACGACUAUUUUGUUCAAUUUUAUUUCUUAUGUCUUUCGGUUAGUAGAAUAUCAAUUACAUAUUUGCUACUUACAAAUGUUAACUGCCAAUUAUUGUGUAGGAAGUUAUGGAAUCAUAUAACUGGCUUGCUGAUAAAUGCAAAGUAUUAUGCUCUUUAUUACCGUCACAACAUUUAUAAAAUAAAGUCUGUUGUCCUCUAA